AUGGAGAGUGCUGACCCGAUGUUGGCCAUGGCGUUGAGCACCGGAGUUGCACCUCCUAGCUCGUCAAAUGCUCUGGCUGUUGCUCUUUGGGAUUCCCAGCAGUUGGAGAUGAUGCUGUCAGGCAGCAAUGAUUUGCCUGCCGCAGCUGGCCGGGAAAGGAAGCGGGCGCCUAUAAAUCCCCUGCUGUUGGCAGCGGCGUCCUUUGGCUCCUGGACGGCACUGAAUUAUCUUUUCAGCAAGGAAGACCAAAAAGCAGCACCAAUGAUCCAGCCUACUCAGGUAUUUCUUGACUUGUUAAUGGGAUACCCUGCAAGAUGCAGCACUACAGGAAGACUGACGGUGCCUCAAGCUUCUCAAGAUGUAGAAAAUAUGGUUGAUCAGCCUGCUUCACCCAUGGCUGCUCUGCUUCUCAACGGCGUCACUGCCAAGGGAGACACGGCACUACAUGCGGUUGCGAGCAACGGUGACAGCAAGAAUUUCUUGAGGUGUGCAACCAUCAUCUACAAGAGAGACCAAGACCUCCUGUUUGCAGUGAAUAAAAAGGGUGAGACGCCCUUGCAUUUCGCCGCCAGAGCCGGUAAAUCCCAAAUGAUCUCUUGUCUUGUUGACCUUGCUGAAAGUUGCAAGAGGUCGCACGAGCUCCUGAGAAAGGAGAAUGUGUUUCAGGAGACGGCCUUGCAUGAUGCUGUCCGCAUUGGAAAUGAGGAUAUUGUGGAGCGUCUAUUGAAGGCUGAUCCAGACUUGGCUAAUUAUCCUAAAGAAGGCAUUUCGUCGUUGUACCUCGCAAUUUCACUGGAAAGAUAUACUAUCGCACAGACCCUACAUGAUAAGAGCAAUGGAAAUCUCUCUUAUAUUGGGCCAGAUGGGCAAAAUGCGCUACAUGCUGCGAUUUUUCGAGCCUCAGGUAUUAAUUUUACAUUUUCAGAGUUCAGUACUCCAAUACCAAUGCAAUGUAGAUACACAAAGUAUUUCAAGCUUAAAUCCAUUAGCUGCCUACCAAUAUAG